AUGUUAGUUAGAGCAGCACGUCUUUGUUCCACUGUGGAAGAUUUUGAUGUGGAACGAUUAAGUACAGAAAUGAUAUUAUUACUUAAUAGUUAUCCACCAAAAUUUCUACAACAACACAUGAAAAACUUCUUUAUCCAACAUGAUGCCAUGAGUGUGUGGACUGAACUCAAUAGCGAAGCAUAUCAACAGCUGCAUAAUGCAUUACUUUACAAACCAACACGAAGAGAACUUAAAUCCAAAGUGCAAACAAAUCCUGCCUUAAUUCCACACAGGAAUAAUUAUGAACAUAAAGAUCCAAUUUAUCUUCAUUAUACAUUUGAAAAUGGACCAUUAAUUGAUUUCAAAAAAGAAUAUCGUCAAAUAUGGGAAAAAAAUUAUGUUUAUCCAGGAUCACGUUUCAAAAAUACACGACUUAUACUUGGCACAAUAUUGAAUCGCACAUUACAAAGCCUCUUAAUACACAAGAAGCCUAAACGUGAUAUGUUGACCAGAAUCCAACCAACCACAGAAGCAGCUUGUCGAACAAUACAAGAACGAUUCCAACCAUAA